AUGGAGGAGUGGUACUCGGGGUUCAAUCUGGGCCUCAACUCCAAACUGGAAUGGGACGCAGGACUUUCCAGUGACGCUUGUAACGAAGCAAGAGGUGUUGUACCCUCUAAUGCACCUCAUAAAUUCAAGGCAGAAAAAACGUUCACGAGGGAUGGAUCAGUCCCAGACAUGAUAAUGGAAACCCUAAAGGACGGUUUGAAGGACAAAAUACAAACCGAGAAUGUACGCAACUUCCUGCACACACCAGGUAUGGAUGCAACAGCUUCUUCGAAAGGGAACCUAGUAAAAGUCGUCUGUGUCUACAAGACCAUCUAA